AUGCGUAAUAAGGGGAACUGGCUAUUGGUUCCAAAAGGAAUCUCGAAUAUACGCAAUAUGCGUUACCUUGAAAUUGUCAAUGUUGUAGAUUUUCAUUUUGUCGUACCACCACCACUUCGUGAUACGGAAAACAACCAGACUCACUAUGUUGGGAAGCUAUGGCGUAUUGACUGUCGAAUUAAGGACAAUAAUUCGUCCGAGGUUAGACUCUAUCAGAACGAUAUGCUCAGGGAACCUGACGAACGAGUGCUGACACUAAAAGAACAGGUCUUUAUGUUGUUAAGUGAAAAGCCUUCUGAUAUUGGCGAAUACACAUGCGUCAGCGAGUAUUGUAAUAUAAGUAAAACUGUUGGAAAGUUGAUUGCAGGUAUAGAACAUUUAACUAUACUUUCGUCUAGGUACUAUUGGCAGAAAUGUAUACUGUAUAUGCUACAACUGUGCAUGCUUGUUAAUUCUGGUAAAGAUAUGUAUACAGUAUAUACUGAUUGUUUCUAGUUCUGAUAAUCCGAUGGCGCACAGCAGUAUACGCUUUGUGAUAAAUUGUAAAAGUGAAUCUGACAUUAAUUUUCAGAUCGUACCGUAAAUUCUUGCAUAAACGAACCGUCGUCGCGGGCAAGGUGUUUAAUUUAAACACUUUAGUCGAACACAAAUUUAAAUAAACAACGUGAAGUUUUAGCCCUUUGUGCAAAAGUUGCUUUAUGCAUAUGCUCAUGUUUAUGCCUUACUUCUAAUACUGAAUAUCUGAGUGAUGUUUUGUAAAAUGUUAUACAGGCUUUAUUCUUUUGUGAGCGGACGGAAACGUCCAACGUAAUGAAAAUUAAGAAAUAAAAUUUUUAAAAAUCAAAGAAUGAAGUUGAGGUCAUGCGUGUAAACAGUACGCGCCAGUAAUUCUACAAGUGGUGUAUAUCAUUAUAAUAUUCCUAUAGAUACGUCAAGACGGCUUCCGACAAUUUAUCCUCUGAAUCAAAAACUGAUAGCUUCUGGCAGCAAUUAUACAACAUGCGCAUGCGAAGUGGAAGGUAUUUAUGACAUGAAAUGGUAUAGAGUGGCAAGCAAUGGUUCAGAAACCUUAUUGCAGAGUGAGGAAGAAUCGUUUUGGAAGAAUGGUUUUUGGUUCACUCGUCGCCGCCUUGAAAUAAUUAACUUCACCAUAGCUGAUGAGGAUUUGUACAUGUGUGUCACUGAAAGAUCCACAGAUAAUUACACUGCUGAAAAAGAAAUAUUUCUGGGUUAAGAGGUAAAUAAUGUAGAACUAUUGAUAUUCCAUUAGACUACGUCAAACAUAGCAACAGUUUUCUUGCAUGUUGAUUACGAUUCCUUUUUAAUUUGCAAUCGAAUAUUAUAUACAUUAUAAUAAUAACAAAUUAUCCAGAAACCUACACGAAACUAUUUUCAACGACGAUUGUAAUGCAAAUACAGGAGUAAUACGAAAUUUGUUUGGUUGGACAACGCGUUGCGAUUGAGAUCCUUAUUGCACCGCAGAUAUAUCGUUGUUGCAUCACGUUGAUAUCACAUUGACCAAAAAGUGUCAAACAGAACUGCAUGACCUAUAGCUAUAGUGAAAUGGUGAUAUAGUCGUAAUAUAUUAAAGUUAGUCCUUAAUUAUUUUUCAUUUUAGAUCCUUCAAAGGAUAUACUGGUACCAUUUCACUGGUAUUAUACUUCAUAUUCCGAAACUGAAAUUGAUGGUCACUUGUUUCAUACUAUACUGCACGUCUAUAUUUGUCAUCUACCUGUCAUUAUUAACCUCUUGGUAAUUGAACAUGUUAAAGGAAUUGUAUGGACAAGGAAUUUUACCGCGGACCAGUCACAACCACUAAAAUUAGGUAUGCCUGUGCAUUAUGUUAAAAAUAUUACGUUCGUUUUGUUUGCUAUAAAGAGAAAAUUCUAUUAUGUUCUUAUUACACUAGGCAACUUGGACUUCUAUAUACUAUAACGUUUUAACACAAUUUCAAACUAGAUGCAAUCAUGCAAGAAAGUGGAAUGAUGUUGUCACAGAGGUUACGACAUGUUGAAUAUAUUUACAAUGAAGUUAUUAAUAAACCGUACCUCCAUGUUUCACUCAUAGUAACGUAUAUGCAUGAGUAACUAAGCAAUACUCCAUCUUUCAGGUGAAAGUUUCUGACAUAUUUAUAUUGUGUGCAAACGUCCGUUGCAAGUCACAGCAAUUAAAAAUGUUCUCAAAACCAAUCUAUGUAUUAUACAAACGUUUCCCCAUUUCAUGGUAAAGAUUUGCCAUUUUUCUAUAUUACUUAGGUUUUCUAUAUGUAAUUUUAUUUUCUUAAGGUCGAAAUUCCAAUUAUGGUGUGACCUUAGAGAUGCACGUCCAUUUUGAAGGGAGAUAUAAAGACCAUUUACAUAUCACGGUACGUUAUUGUUGGUCAGUUAGGUAAGCGUAGCGAGGCAGCAGCGCAUGCAUGGUGGUCAACGUCAAACACCUUUUAUACCAAUCGUAAUCAUGAUAUUAUGUUGAAGUAUGCCUGAAGUCGUAAAAAGAAAAUUAUUCUGCUUCUGGUCAGUGGAUUUGUUCAAAAUUGACGCGGCUUUUAUUAUUUUCCCACCCAUUUUAGAAAUGGGUGGAAAUAGAUUGUAUAAAGUGUAUAGUGUUUUUACCAUUAUUUUACUAUUGAACUCACAAAAUCUGCAGGUUUAAUAGAAUAACAUGAAAACCAUUAUAAAAAUACGUUAAAUAAAAAACGUUAACGCACGGUUUAAAAUGACGUGCGCGCUAGACCAGAAACGGUAAUUUUUACGCCUAAUGCCAGUAUAAAAUAUAGAUAAUAUGCACUUUUACCGACGUUUAAAAAGUAGUUUUGCCCACAGUUUGAUCAAGGCGACGGUGAUUUUUUGAGGAAUUCAAUUAAAAUGAUAAAAAAGUUCAGCUGUUUUGAAAAUUGAAAUAAUGACCACGAUUUAAAGUGUAUUUGCAUGCGCCUUUGUCUUUAUUCAUUUGCACAUUUAUUUAUUACUCAAACUUAUGAAAAAAGUAAACUUUUCACCGUCAGAAACAAGUUUAAUAUAAUGUUCAAAUCGCUAAAUUGAUAGGCUUGCGUGGUGAGGUUAACAUCUAAAACGUCUGAUUCUUGCAUCGAAAUUAUGAAUCAAAAAUUUAAGACGACACCAAGAUGUGAAAAUAGAGGUAAGAAUUCUUAUGCAUUUCACAUGCACUUUAAUUAAUUUAUAUCCUGCAUGGAGAAAAUGUGUCAAGCAUAUGCAUCUCAUCUCCUAUACCUAUAUAAUUUCCUAUAGGCUCUAAUGUUACGUCUACAGAUAAAUUAGGGAGCAUAUUUUCUACAUUUCAUUAUCUGAUAUAAACCUUAUAAACCUGGAAAAAUACGUGCAAAUACAAUAUAUCUUCAUACAAUAUAAAUAAUCUUUAUAAAGCAAGUAUAUCUCACAUUAAAAUAGUUUAUAGCCCCCGCAGUUUUAUAGCUACAGUUGCGCUGCACUUUACAUGAGCGCGUCUUUCAGCCAUCAUAUCUAUACUGUUUCAAGAAAUACAACCAUUUCAGGAAAAGUUAUUUUAAUCCUAAUAUUUUUGGUUGUAUUGGGGAAAUAGUAUUUCCUCGGAAGGUACUUACCUGAAAGGGAGAUAAGGUUCUCCGAACUCCUUCGAAGACUGAUACGAGCAAUACUGGUGCAGUUCGCAGCGCGCGACGGCUUGGAACCCACGAUUUCAAUUAAUUCAUACGCAUGCGUACUGACAUCCUCUGAUUGAGUGGUAAGCUGAAUUGAUUAACAGACUAGGGUGGGGUGGUAUAGGUAUCUACCACCACUGGUACGGGGACCAGUAUUGCUCGUUUCAGUCUUCGAAGGAGUUCGGAGAACCAUAUCUCCCCUUCAGGUAAGUAUACCUUCCGAGAAAAUACUAUUUCUCCUUCACUCCUUCUCCGACUGAUACUCACAAUACUAGUGCAGAUUUCAAAGACAACUGUUAAUCAAUGUAAAUAUAAAAUUUUAAUCUGAAAUUAACACAAAACAAUAUCAACAACACAUUUCCAAAAGUCGUUAACUAAUGUAUCUUGGAAUGCAAACACUGAGUAAUGUCAAUGAUUUUUGUACGUCCGGGGCCAAAAUACUUUUAACGAACUUAUCCUUUGAGAUAGCCUUGUGGUAAAAUCUCUCGAACGUUGUUGCUGAAGACCAGUCAGCAGCAGCUAUGAUAUCCUCAAGAGGAACACCGUUAUCGGCAGGCAUUGAUGUUGCUGCAGCUCGCGUAGAAUGACCCGUGUGCUGAACAUCAAUACCUGCAUUGGACAAUACAGUGCGUAUCCAGCGUGAUACAGUCUGACUUCCAAUAGCCGAGUGUGGCGAGGUACACUACACGAGUAGAUGCUGGUCCUUGCGAAUACGAGCUGUUCGAUUAACGUACUGUUUCAGACUCUCAAUAACACAAAUCGUUUGGUUUUCUGGUAAGGAUGGAAGAUAAAUCUUUCUUGCUGGGUGAUUCGGCCGAGAAUUCUUUACAUGUUUAGGUAUUACAAACUCCCAACCGUUCUCCUUUUGGGAUACAUAAUCCAAGUGCUAUGCUGCGAGUUCGUAAUCCCUGGUUGAAGACGUAAGCGCCAACAGGAUGGGCGUUUUAAGAGUCAACUCUUUAAGUGAGAGGUUCUCGUUUGGUUCCAUAUUCUUUAAAUGCUCUAAUAAUGUCUCAACUGACCAGGUUACGCAUAUCUUGCGUGUUGGUGGACGAAGUUCAAAGACACCUUUCAUAAAACGGGAUAAGAGCGGAAGAGUUCCCAGUGGUUGUCCAUGGAUCAUGUAGUUGAGAUAUGCAUGAUUUGUAAACACCGACAGUUCGGUAUGAAAGCUUUCGAGUAUAAACUGUUCAGUCAAAAACUGUAAAACCUCUGCUACAGUGGCUGAAAAUGGACAUUGAUUCCGUGAGAUACACCAGCUAGUCCAAAGUCUCCAAGGACCUUCAUAUAUCUUUUUCGUUCCUUAUCUCCAGGAGGCCAUAAGGAUGUCACAAACUUGCGGUGGAAGACCUCCUGCUCGACAACGUUCCCUGAAAGUGGCCAUACCGCCAGCUUCAUUGUUCUCCACAGAGGGUGUUGCGCUUCCCGGUCGAAAGGUACACACAGACUCGUUUCCGUCAUUGGAAGAAGGGACGGGAUGUUGACCAACAUCUCCAAUAGUAGCGGAUACCAUGUCUGGCCCGGCCAGCUCGGGGCAAUGAGUAGACAGGUGCCUCGUAUAUUCUUCAGAAUGCGGGAAAGCAUUAUAAUUGGCGCACGAAUGAACGAUGUCCAUCUGUUCCAUUGCAAUGUCAUUGCAUCGACCUCCAUUGCAUCUGGGUCUGGGUGCCGGGAAACAUAGAGGGGUAGUUGAUGAUUGAGCCAAGAUGCAAACAAGUCGACUUGUGGAGUGUAAUACUUUGUGACUAUACGUGUGAAGAUCGCCAUGUCCAGAGUCCACUCUGUGCAUUCGUUGAAGUGACGAGAAGCCCAGUCCACAUUCUAUACUCCCGGAAGGUGUUGUGCUGUUAUCCAUAUUCCUUUCUGUUGAUAAACGUUCCAAAUUUCGACUGCCAAGGCUGCUAAAGUCGAAGACCUGGUUCCCCCUCUCUUGUUGACAUAUGCAACUGCUGUAGAGUUGUUCAUCUGCAGACCAAUAUGUUGUGGCAUUUUUACCUGUGUCGUCAGAAAAGACUGGAUGGCCAGAAGGGCUGUUUUCAUUUCGACAAUGUUGAUGUGUUGUCUGGAUUCUUGGAUGUUCCAUCGUCCCCCUGUCAUGAUUCCGUUGUACUGUGCUCCCCAUCCUUGAUUGGACGCGUCGGUGUAAAUGACCAGGUCGAACGCUGGUAGUGAGAUUAAACACUUGUUGAACUGAUGUAUCUGCGUCGAAAGAAAUCCACCAUUGGAGGUCGGUUAGUGAUUCUCCUGUCAGAUAGACCUUUGUCUUGUGCGAGAGACGUUUGCUCUGGUGAAUGCUGUUGAUAUGUUGCCUCUGUAGAGCACGAUAAUACAAAAGUCCCUGGGCUAGACCCAUGCACUUGGGAGCAAUGGUUCAUUCUGCCUAAUAAAGCCGAGAGUUCUUUCAGCGUCAGUCAGCGAUUCUGGAUUGCAUUCUUGCACUCUAUUUGGAGCUUUUGGAGUUUGUCGUUGGGUACAGCUUGUGUCAUCUCCCUCGAGUUGAUCAAGGAUCCCAGGAACUCUAGACACUGGGAUGGGGCUUGGGAGCAUUUCUCCUGUUUGAUGAGAAAUCCCAGACGUUGUAGUAGAUUGAUAACACUCCGAAAAAUUGACGACAGUCUUUUUGGGCUUUGGUCCAGAAUAAGCAUAUCGUCCAGAUAUAUUACAAUCCGUAUUCCUUGUGUUUGUAGCAAUACUACGAGCGGUUUUAACAGUUUUGUAAAUGUCCUGGGCGCACUGGAUAGCCCGAAUGGUAGGCAUUGGAACUCGUAUGUUAUUCCUUGGAAUACAAACCUCAGAUAUUUCUUGUGACUGUUGUGAAUCGGUACGGAAAAAUAGGCGUCUUGGAGAUCUAACUUCAUCAUGAAGUCUCCUGGUUGGAUCAGUUUGCGUACUGCUUCCAGACCUUCCAUCUUGAACUUCUGAGAUUGGACAAAGCGAUUGAGAUUCUUUAAAUUGAAAAUUGGCCUGUCCUUGGACACUUGUUUCACUAUGAACAGUGUUGAAGUGAAUUGGUUUGUCUCCUCCUGUACAGCUUUUACUGCACCUUUCGCUUGGAGUUGUAAUAUGGCUUCUUUUAUAGAAGUCAAGUCCUCUUUCGACUUUGCUUUUGUUUGUCUCUGUCUCCACUGUAUGGGUUGACGAACAAAGGGAAUUUUGUAACCUUGAACUAUGGAUAGAAUCCAGGGAUUUGAUGUAAUUAGUGUCCAGUUUGAAUAAAAUUGUUUGAUGCGGCCUGCUACAAGAUUGUCCGUUGGUUUGAUGUCUUUUAGUGUUGGUAGCUGAUAGUCGGCUGCGUUUUGCGUGGUUUCCACGUUUUGCCCAAUAGGGUUUGUUGUUGUUUGGAUUCUUUCUGAAUGAGUUGUUAUGUUGCGGUCGGGUAAAACUAGAUCGGUGGAAGGAUUGGUCACGAAAGGGCUGGUCACGAAAGGACUUGUUGGUUUGAAAACGCACUCUGAGGUUUGGUUGGUUGUGCCACUAAUUUGCGAUUGGUAUUUGCAUGAUCAUGUUCCUCUUUAAUUACAUUAUGAAAUUUCUUGGGGAACAGGUAUUUGUCAGCUGGAAUUUGGUCUUUCAGGGUACGCUUACCCACAUCCGUUAAGUAUUCUGCAAAACGUGUUUGGCGCCAAAUGUUUAGAUGACAAUGUGCAUUUCCUAGUAGCACAAUAGCAUCUUCGAUAAUAGCUUUUAUGUGGUCAAGAUCAGGACCUGAGGGCUCAUCCCCAUCUACAUCCACUUCUAUCUUCUCCAAUGCUUGUAGAGCACUGACAUGUGGUCGAACAACGGAAAUAAAGGGUGCUUGUUUGUCAGCUAGUCCUUCAUCAAAUGUGAACAAAUCUUUUGUUCGGGACAGACCAUGGACACGUUUGAUGUCCUCUUUCAUCCCUGUUUGCAUUAUGGGUGAAACUAGGAAAUCAGCUGUUCCUUUAAUGUCAGGGUAUUGUUCCAUGUCAUUUGUCCAAACUUCUUUGGACAGUUGCUUGGUAAAUGCAGAUUUGAUAAAUGAAGUUAAUUUUUCAGAAAUGGUAGCUUCUGGUGCUGGUGCAUAAUACUUGUCGGAACGACUAGAACCGACAAAAGCUGGUGGUGUGUCACCAUCAGCUACUUUGGCUCUUUUAGGUUGUGGUUGUUCCACAGCGAUAUUUUCUUGAGAACCAUUAGGCUCUGGUGUCAUAAAAGCAUUUCUUAAAAUGUCUGGUAGAGUCCUUUUUAAUGUCUCAGUGACUUUGACCUCGAUCAGAGAACUUAGUUGAUCUCUUGACACUGGAAUAUGUGUCGCUGAUGCAUCAUCAGAGCGGGUAUCCUCAAUGAGCAUAUUGUCUGGUCCUGCGAGAUGGGUACCUGCAGGAAACCAGGUCAUUCUUAAAACAUUGUAUGAAUAAUAGAUAAAAUAUUUCUUUAAAGUAUAACUAUAUACUAUCAAAUUUCCAUACGUAUUCGUCGAGCGGGUACUCUAGACGAAUAAUGCAUUUGUUUACCUGCGAGAUGGGUACCUAGGAGAUAUACUCAAAAAAUAAAGCCCAGACUUGACGAAAAUAAUCAAAAUAUUCGAUCAGGCGACGUAUAACCAUAGUAAAUGUAAACGUAUUAAACAAGAUGCAAGUUUUUACCUUAAUAUUAUGCUGCAAUAGUCAUAACCGGUAAAUCAUAUGAUGUCAGAUCUAAGGAUAUAUUAGAAGAAUUAAGAUGGCAGCCAUUGAUGGAAAGAUGGGGUAAUAAUAAGGCGAUAUUUAUGCAUAAAGUUACGAAUGGUGAAUACUUAGAAAAUAUAUCUAGCUUGUUUGUCGUUAAAAAUAAUGACAAUUAUAAUUUACGAAAUAAUAAUAUCGAUUGUAAAUUAGAAAAGCCCAAAACAAACUUUUUAAAAAAAAGCAUUAGCUAUUCAUGUGUAAAUAUUUGGAAUGAAUUACAGGUAGAACUGAAAAGCAAUUGCUUGUCAUUAAAUGCAUUUAAAACCUUGCUUCGGGACAGACCUCAACAUAAUAUAUACUUAAGUCUUAUCAUAUUAUGUGGUGUACUGUGUAAUAUGUAAUGUGUAAUGUGUAAUGUGUAAUGUGUAAUGUGUAAUGUGUAGUGUGUAAUUUGUAACUAUAUACUAAUUGUAAUUAUUAACCCAACUUUUUUUGUAAAUAUGUAUUGUGCAACGGCCCCUUGGAAAACAGCUCUUAUCUAUGCUGAAGGGCUACCGUUGCUUUUUUAAAGAAGAUUAAAUAAUAAUAAUAAUAUAAAACUUUUUUUAAAUAUAAAUACAGCUUGCGAUAUUCAGCACUUACCUUUUCAGAGGUCAUUCUUGCAUAAAAUAGAGAAAUUUGUUCCGGAUGGAUGACUUUUUUGAAGGAUUUUGAAGCGAAUUUAGUGAGUUAAACAAACCGAAGCUUGCCCACGAAAGAAGAGGAUGUCAGUACGCAUGCGUAUGAAUUAAUUAAAAUCGUGGGUUCCAAGCCGUCGCGCGCCGCGAACUGCACCAGUAUUGUGAGUAUCAGUCGGAGAAGGAGUGAAGGAGAAAUGUUGCAAUAAAGAGAAUUCUGUUUAAUUACUAAUUAAAAAUAAAUGUUUUCAAAAAAUUGUAUACAAAUUAGUGUACAUGAUCAUAAACUUCACAUCUGGGAAAUUUCGCUCAUAUUCUCACUUCGAGAACACUGAAUUCAGAUGAUGAUCAUCCUAUCUAAUUAUUUUCAAUAUAUUUUUUAACGCAGUAAAAUGUCGUCAACCAGCACCAAACUCUCUAGUGUGCCCAAGAUAUUUGAACACUUUGGAAGAACAACUCAAUGCAACGUUUAUUCUAACCCUGCGAGAUCCAUGCAAUGGAACAUUUAAUCUUCAAAUUCGGGAUGGAAGUCCACAGCCCGCCAUAAACGGUUCUUUAAUGGACAUGGCGCUUCAAAACAAAACUCAAGUCAAAAUGCUAUUAAAAGGAUAUGAUAACGAAAAUGACCAUUCCACAGUGCAAGGAAAAACAAAAUUCUCUCAAUGGUACCUCAGACUUCAGGUUGAGGCAAUCUUUUUCAAGACUUACAAAGUGAAGGUGUGACAUACUGAAUUAUUAUAAUAAUAAUAAUAAAAUCUUUAUUUAUACUGAUAAAAAAGACCGUUCAGUCAAUUGCAUAAAUUGGUUGGUAUCAGUCGGUGAUUUCGAUCAGUGUAUAACAAGUAUAUAUACAAUAACAUAAGUGCGUAACCGUGCAUAUAAAUAAGACUAUAUAUAAAGGCCCGUUUACACCUGAAAUUUCCGCUGCGAUUCCAGAUGCGACCCUCCUCCCCCGAUGCAUGCGAACGAGUAGAUGAGUAAUGAAUGUUCUGCAUGAGUAUAUGUACCUUCAUCUGAACAUUCAUAACUCAUCCACCCGGCCACACCCACAAGAAGAAAAAGACCGCACCCAAAAUCGCAGCAAAAAUUGCAAUGUAAACAGACCUUAAGAUGUCUAAAAUUACAAAUUAACUACAUGCAAUUGUGCGUAACAGCAUCCAUGUUUAGCAAGUAUUUAAACACUUCAUUCUUGAACCGCACAAGUGUUUUUAGUUCUCGUAUUUCUUUCGGUAGAGAAUUCCAAUCUCUGGCAGCCGAGAAUCUGAAUGAGGUCUCGCCACAGCUAGUUCUUACUGGCGGUAAAUCUAGUAAUGUUGGAUCUCUAAGAGAUCGACAGUGCAUUCGUGAUCGUCUUACUAGAUAGCCUAUCAACUGCUUCGGGCAAUUUAUGUUGUUUACGAUCUUAUAAACGUAUUGCAAUCUUAUAAGACGACGUUUUCCGUACAUGAGUACAUGUCUUACGGUUUGCGUGUAACACUAUCCGCAUCGCUUGAUUUUGUAGUCGUUCUAAGCUUUGGACGUUUCCCUUUCCGCAUUCAGCACAUACGACGCAUCCGUAAUCACAGAGGAAGCACAGUUUGCUUGUAGAUCUAAGAAAAUGUGAAAUUCUGUUGAGCAAUUUAUGUUUUGGAUAAACUCUUGAUUUUAUAUAAGUGAUAUGUUUAUUCCAUGUCAGGCAGUUAUCUAUAUAUAAACACCUAGGUGUUUAUAAUAUUCUGACUGUUUCAUUGGGUUUCCAUCAAGGAUAAUUUUAACUCUCUGGUAUUCUUGACAGUGUACCUCGAUUCAAUCGGCAUUGCCUCACACUUCUUGUGAUUACUGAUUAGGCCGUUCUGAUUCCACCACAUCACGAUACCUUCAAGAUCUUGGUUGACUCGUUAAUUGUUCCGCUACGUCAAUGUCUUUCGAGCUCGCAUGCAUUUCUGUAUCGUCUGCGUACAACGCCGCCUCACUAUCCUUGCACGCAUAUAUGGAUGUUAAAUAGCGUCGGCCCGAGGACUGAACCCUGCGGAACCCCGUGUGUAACCCCGUGUGAACCCUGCGUAACCCCUGAUUAUUCAUGGUUUUGCACCUACUGCGCUUACUGAAAUAUUUUCUAGUGCUUCAGUUGUCAGAUCUCAUGACUACAAUUUACGUAAUUCUGACAUGAAGCUCAAUCUUCCUUUUCCUAAAACGGAAUAUUUAAAAAAGAGUAUAAGUUUCAAUGGUGUUAAAUUGUGGAACGAUUUACCUAUUGAAGUUAGAAACGCGGAAAGCCUAGGAAUUUUUAACUCGCUUUUAUGUGCAACUAGCCUGUCACGAUCUACUAGUUUGUAAAUAUUUAACUUUGCAUAUACGUGUCUUGUUGUUUAUUAUGUGUUUUAAAUUUUUUCACCACGCCCCCCUUGGAAAUCAAUUUGUAUUGAAGGGGUUAGCGUGUUUAAAUAAAGUUUUACCUACCUUACCUACCUACCUACCUACCUACCUACCUACGCCUUCGCACGAGACAAAUUAAUUGCUUCCUUUCGUGUAGAUAACUCGUGAACCAUUUCAGUUCGUUUUCGGUCACUCCGCUUUUCGGCGAUAGUUUGCUUAUCAAGAUGUCAUGAUCUAUGAUGUCAAACACCUUUCUCAAGUCUAGGAAAGCGCAAACAACUUUCUCUCCUUUGUCUAUAGCAAACUUCCACGAGUCAACGGUAAUAAUAAGUGCUGCUGUAGUUGACGAGUUUCUGGCGUACGCAAAUUGAUGGUCACCGAUAAGAUUAUUCUCCGCUGCGAAUUCUUGUAGAUCGAGAUUGGCUAACAUUUCUUGCGCCUUUGAUAUGCAUGACAGAACGGAAAGAUUGAUAAUGAUUGUAGUUUAUCCUUUUUCCAUUAAAAAUGUCCUCACAUUGCCUUUUCUAAUUUAGCUUCUUCUGGAAAUGCCAAGUGUUGGAUUAAGUGGAAAUUUUCUUAUCAUGGAAGGAGAUUAUAUCAUGGACUGUUCGUCUCAUGGUAAUUAAAUUAGAAUUGGCAUCCCAACUUUCGAUCAUGUGUGCAGGGACGUCGCGAAGCCAUCAACAUUGAGGGGGUGUCGUCAUGUUUUGAUUCCUAGGAUUUUGACCAAGUCGUACAAAUGUUUCCCGAAAAUGUUGUCGACGGGGGCGGGGGGGAAGGGAGGAGGUAAAAAAAAUUUCCGGACUAACAUAAGCAUAGUCAAAAAAAAUUUCCGCACUAACAUAAACAUACUCAAAAAAUUUUUUCCGAACUAACAUAUUCAAAACUUUUCGAUCAAGAUAAGCAAGGCUUCCAAAUUUUCUCACCGCAAAGAUAACAAAAGCUUUAAAAUUGUUAAAAUUGCCAACCAUUUCGUAACUUUCACCUACUUCGACCAUCUUUUAUCCCAAACUUUAAUUUACCAAAUUUUUCCGAGUUUUACCUUCAAUUUUAAGCAAAUAUCAGUUCCAUUUUGACCAACUUUGACCAACGUUUGGAUUAUUGGGGGGUGAUACACCCAGCAGCGACGUCCCUGCAUGUGUGUGAACGCAUCUGCAGGUGUCAUUGCUUAGCCUCCCAAUAUCAAGUAAUAUCAAUAUCAAUAUGUUACUAUUUCCAGUUAUAAUUGCGAUACGCCAACUGGGCCUAUAUACUGAUCAGUUGGCCUGCAUGGGUCACACUAGAUUUCAGUCUCCACUUACCUGGGGAUUGUGCGAAGUACAAGCUUCAAAUUUCAGGCCCGACGUUGACGUGGGCAGUGGAAUUGUUAUGAAGUGCAUAACAUCAGAAGCACAAAGAAUCCAAGAUGGUGGACAACACAUGUACAUGGUCUUCAGUCAAUAUCCGAUAAAUUUAAUCUGUAGCUACAGGGAUUUUAUACAUGCAUGAUUGUAAAAGUUCGUUCAAAUGAAGCAAACUAACUUUUUUGUCAUAUCCGUUAAAGCCCGUUUUGUUCGCGCGAAGCGACUUUGUCGGCAUUGCUAUCCUGACACGAUAAGCGAUGCCGACAAAGGAACAAGUAAUUUAGAUACAUCAUUGAGUAGAAUUCCCAAAGUAUGCGGUCAACAUUUUUCAAGGAAGGUGGGUGAGUUGAUGUCCUUUUGUGGUUGCCCGUAGCGCAUUUGCUGCACCACCAUUGGAUAUUAAUUUAUUGCAUGAUUACCCUCUCUUAUUAUAUUCAAAUUUUUAAAUAAAGAGGAAAGCAAAGUUAUUUGGAUGCGAGAAUUUGAAAUAAUUUUAUUUCAAACUCAAAGAUCAAGGCCGAUAAACGGCAGUUUAGUUUUAAUCUUGAACUGUCUUGACUUUGCCAGUGUAGGUAUAGUGCCAAUCAAAUGAACAAGCUCUCGUUGGCAGGGAUGCAACAACUUUAAAAUAUAUAAGGAGAAUUUCGACGUUUCGAGCGAAGGUUCUUCGUCCGGAGUUACUAAGGGCCUUCGCUCGAAACGUCGAAAUUGUCCUUAUAUAUUUUCAGGUAGUUGCAUCCUUAAACAAACUUAGCAAUCACAUCCUGUUAAUGCUUUAAGGCGAUGCCCUACAUUUUCUGCAUGGACGUACGGGAAGGAAAAAAUUAGGGGGGCGGAGAGAAAUUUGCCCGACUUUUUCGGAUUGUGCCCGAGUUGUCAAAAAAAAUUUUCCGGAGAAACUUUCCAAAAUUGUUGUCGACGAGGGGGGGAGGAGUGAUUACGAAAAAUUUCUAUUAGAUAACAUAUUUCCCACAAAAUUGACAGAUUUGUCCCAUUUAUUUUUAUAAUAAGCCAAUAUUGCCCUACUGUGAAGCGAAUAUUGCCCAGUAGGCCCAUGAUUUUCUGAUCGGUACCCUUCCAGAAAUCAACGUUGUACGCGCUCCUGCCUGUACAAAAGCAGCAAAACAGUACUACGCCUUGCAAAAAAAACCCGAAAACCGUGUUUCUGAUUCAGUUGAAUUUAGUUCAGGCCAUGCUAUCUCUUUAAAAAACCUUUUUCAGGUAACAUUACGAGACACUGGACCGCGAAUUCUACGCAAUGUUUCUAGGAUCUAUAUCCUGCAUUAUAGGCUAUGUUUACAUUGUAUCGGAUCAGUUUUUGCUUCGUUCACGAAACGUUGCGGCCCAAGUCUAAACAGCUUCCGCCCUCGCCCAUCUAAAUACAAAAAUAUUAUAAGUAAGCAAGCUAUACCCGCAAAUAAGAUUAGAAUAGUAAGUCUUUGUUUCCCAGAUGCCAUCUUGAGUCACGCAUUGAACCGAAAAUUGCUCCGAUUUGUGACAUUAAUACAAUGAGAGCGUUGCAAAAACCGAUCCGAUACAUCGCGCACCACUUCGAAGAGCGAACCGCCGCACCAACGGUUCGUUGCAGAAAUUGAGACGAUAACAACAUUUCAUAUGUAAACAGAAGCCCUAUCCGGUACGGUUUUUGCGUCGGACGCAAAGUGAUCCGAUACAAUGUAAACAUAGCCUUAGACAGGCUCUAUGAAUAUAUUGCAAUUGCUCUUGUUCUAGAUGAAUCAGGAAACGAAAGGUCAAAGAUUAUUAUUGCGAUAUGCAGUGCCCUUGUUGUAUUUGGCUUAUUAACAUUUGCUGCUGUACUCUACCUGUACAGAAAGUUCAAAGGAAGGCUACGGGAUGAACGUCUACUCGAUUCAAUGGAAGUAGAACCAGAAGUGUAUAAUUUGUAAUUUGGUCUUCAAGCGUGGUAGUAGUAUACAGGGGAUUUAAUUAAGAUAGGCUGGGUAGCUCGUUAGGCAUAAUGAAUAGAGAUAGAAUUCAACCUUAUCAUUGCACUGUGAAACGUUCGUUUUAACAUAACAAUUACUUCGCUAAAUUUUCACUAAACCUACGCAUGUUAUUUUAUGGAACGAUCCAAAACUGAUGCAAUUUUCACGUCUUGUGACAACGCGAGUUUGCAUAGUAACAAUUAAUUCCAGAGAAGAAGCAGAUUACCUAAUAUUGAUACCACUCCAUGAUACCCAAACACACAUUGAUAGAGCUAUAGGAGUAUGAAAAACGUAUCCAACCCAUACAUAAAAACUGUAAAAUCGUUACCAGACCUGGAAAAAGAGUUUAUCGUCAAAAGUGCCUAAAUUUAAAAACUUUUUGACCGUACUUAUUUGACCGUACUUAUUAUGUACAUGCAACAACCGUACACUUGACUGUAAGCUAUUUAUGUUACCCAUCUCUAAUGACAGACAAGACUCCCCCAUAUCGUAUGUGGUUAAAAUUGAAAAUGUCCUUCAAUCUUUUUGCGGAUGUUCCGCAUAUGGAUCCAGGAUCCCGAGAACACACUUUUCCCUUGCAGGUCAGGGGCGGGCUGUACGAAGGUCGGAUAGAGCCAGUGGAUAGAGCUAUCCACCAGGUAGCAAUUUUUUCAAGCUUUCUAAAUUUAGCCCGGUGAUUAGUGG